AUGGUGACUGGCAUUGUAUUUAUCCACCUUUAUCAUAUUUCUUUCUUUCUCUCUUACUUAACGCUUUCUCUCGCUCUUGCAGUUUCUCUCUAUUCCAUUUUCUCUCUCAUUUUAUCUCUCUUUCAAUUUCUCUCCCUAACUUUCUCUCUCUUUCUUUUUAUCUCUCUCUCUCACUUUCUCUCUCUCUCUCUCAUUUUAUCUCUACUUCACUUUCUCUCCCUCACUUUGUCUCUUUUUCACUUUACCUCUCCCUCUCUCUCUCUCUUACUUACACUUUCUCUCACUUUCACUUUAACUCUCUUUCACAUUCUCUCUUUCUCUCGAUCUCUUUCUGACUUUCGCACUUUCUCUCUCUCACUUACUCUCUUUUUCACAUUCUCCCUCUCUUUCUUUCUCUCGUUUACACUUUCUCUCUCUCCCAAACGUCCUCUCUCUCAUUUUCUCUCUCUUUCACCUCAUCUCUCUCUUACUGUCUCUCUCCUUCAUAUUCUCUUUUUCUCCCUCUCUCUCACGUUGUCUCUCAAUUCUCUCUCUUUCUCUUUUUCUCUCAAAAUAUCUCUCUCACACUUUCUCUCUCUUUCACCUUAUCUCUCUUUCCCAUUCUCACUUUCUCCCUCUCUCACACUUUCUCUCUCUUUCACCUUGUCUCUCUCUCACUUUCUGUCUCUUUCACUUUCUCUCUUUUCACUUUCUGUCUCUCUUUCUCUCUAUCUCAAACUUUCUCUCUCUCUCCCUCCAUUUUUUAAUUUCUGUUUCUCUUUUUAA